AUGAAGGGUGACAAAGAAUUCUCUGGCACAUUACUUGGAUUCGACGACUACGUCAAUAUGGUUCUGGAAGAUGUGACUGAAUUCGAUUACUCUGGAGCACAGGUCAAGCUCCCUAAGAUCCUGCUAAACGGGAACAAUAUCUGCAUGUUAAUCCCUGGUGGCGAGGGACCAGUUGGCAGCUCCUGA